GUUGGGAAUUUCUUCAUUGUGGGGUUCGAAGGAACUACAGUGACAAAAGAAAUUUCCAUUUUAAUCAGCAAAUAUCAUGUCAGUAGUAUCAUCUUGAGUGGAAAGAAUUUCAUCAAUGCGUCGCAGGCCAAGAGCUUGAUCCAAGACUUGCAAACUAUUGCGAAAAAGUCCGGUUACAAAUAUCCACUCAUUUUUGUUAUAGAUGAAGAAGGAGGCAUGCUAAACUCGCUUUUUGACGGUGAUUAUGUCACACAGUUUCCGGGUGCGAUGUCUAUGGGUGCAGCUGGAAUAACAGACCUUGCAUAUAAAGUAUAUCGGGCCAUGGCUAAAGAGUUGAAAUCUAUUGGUUUUUCAAUGUAUUUAGGUCCUGUUUUAGACAUUUUGAAAAACACAUCAAACACAUUCAUUCAACAGAUGAUUGGAGUUAGAGCGUACGGCUAUGAUCUAAAAUCUACAUUGAAGUUGGGAGAAGUUGCAGCGAAAGCCUUCAAAGAUGAAGGGGUUCUCAAUUGUGGUAAGCAUUUUCCAGGGUACGGAUCUGCAACUAUAAAUUCGAAUUUUGAGCUUCCAAUGAUAUUUGAGUCAGCAGACCAAUUAUUUGAGUUUAACCUUGUCCCAUAUAUCGAACUGAUAAAAGAGAAUUUGUUAGAUAGUGUACUAGUUGGUGGAUGUGCAGUUCCUGGCGUUAACAACAAUGACUUACAUGCUUGUUUGAGUCCAACUAUAGUCACAAACAUCUUACGAGAAAAGCUGCAGUUUAAUGGAGUGGUGAUUAGUGAAUGUCUUUUGCUAGAAGCAUUAGACCGAAAUUUUGGUGUUGUUCAAGGAUGCAUUUCUGCUUUUUCUGUUGGCUGUGACCUUAUCAUGUUAUGCAGUAAUUUUGAUAUCCAGAAACAGGCAAUUAUGGCACUAAAAUCAGUCAUAGAGGAUCAGUUGAUAAGCCCUACUAUCGUUAAUAAGUCUCUAGAAAGAAUUCAGAAUUUACAACAAAAGCUUCCUAGUUGGGAAGAAGUUCUAACUACACAAUUUUUGACUCCAGAUAUUUUGGCUUAUCAUAAACUUCUUUCGAAGAAAGCGUACGAAAAAUCAAUCACGUUGAUAAGAGAUGCUGGAAUGCCUAUAAGCAAGUAUUUGAGGGCAGGUGUGGAAAAUGAGAAUACAGUUCUAAUGCUUACACCUUUGAUUAGUCCGUUAUAUGAAACCGUGGAUUCUAAUGGAGUGAAAACUCAUAUAAACAGUAUAGUGUCGCAUGAUUAUGGUAACUUGAACUUGAAUUAUGGAGAGGAUGUUUUUAUAAAAUUAGGAGAGUUGCUUUCCAGUUACAAACCAGGAUAUAAGGUGCUCCACACAAGUUACAACUCUAAUGGACUAACUUCAUUUCACGAAGAGCUGAUUCUGAGAUCAAAGGUAAUUUUAUUUUUUUGUGCUGAAACUACGAACAAUCUCUAUCAGGUUGGUGUAUCGAAGCAUGUAUCAAUGCUUUGCAACUCUAUGGCAAAUAAGAAAAAUAGUUUAGGGAGAUCGUUGGGGGGCAAGAAAAUGAUUAUCAUAAGUGUUGCUUCUCCGACCGACUUUCUUUAUGACAUUAAUCUUGGAGGGUCACCUACAGGGUACAUCUGUACCUAUGAUUAUACCAUUAAUGCGUUAUGCAAUCUUCCUAAAAUUUUGUUCGGUGACUUCAAAGCUACAGGAAAGAUACCAGGAUUGUCUACGCAUGUACUACAAAAUGGAAUUGUACAAAAUUCAGAUAACAAGCAUAGGAAACAUAGUUGGUUAGUCGAAACUUUCAGCUAUAAAAGAGAUUGGGAAAAUUUGAUUAAUUUGCUAAAGAAUAACAACUACCUUGAUUAUUCUGUAAAGGACACGUCCUUGACAAGCCUCAAGAGGCUGCUGUUUGAUACAGAAAAUCAUCGCAGCUUUGUUGUUCGAAACACUAGCUCGAACACUAUUUUGGGAAUAUCAAGCGCUUGGGUAUACUCCAGUAGUGAUCUACAAGUGGAUGGGAAAAAGUUGAACGUUGCAAAUUUGAUGUUUUUACUAGUGGAUAAAAACAAAAGAAACAUCUCCAUCGGAAACCACUUGUAUUCUAAAACUAUAAAAUACCUUUUCGAAGAACGUGCCUGCGGUAAAAUAUACUUAGGGCGCAAUUUUCCGAAAUUUACGAUUGUUAAUGAUCUGCUUUUAAACUUCACAGAGGAGAAUAACAAUGCACUUAAUUUUUUCAAAUCCCUUGGAUGUGAUUUCAGUGGAGAAACAGUUAUUCCAGAAGUCAAGGGACACGACAUUUCCAGCUGGCAGGUUGCAGAAAAUCUUGUUCGUCAACUACAAGUGGUUGGAAUUAUGUUCGAUAUUUGCAAAAACCCAGGAGAUAUACUCUCAUCACAGAAAGGUAAGCAUAGCAGCUCCAACUUUUACAGCAGCGAAUCUGAUCUCUAUGAGGUAUAUCUAGAACUAUACAAAGAUUUCUGCUCACAAAAUGAUGAUACACAGUACUUUGAUGGUUCGGGAAAUCUAGAUAUCAUUGUCGCACUUGAGCCAACAAAAAGAUAUGUUGUCGGAAGUUUAGUUGUCUUUAACGGGAAAUCUAAGUUUUCAAAGUUUUACCCGUGUCUUGAGUCAUUAGGUAGCGAAAAAUUGACGAAUCAAAAUGAGUAUGCAUGUAUCACAGGCCAUUUUAUUGAUCCAUUAUACACAACUCUUUCAGAAGUGUUCAAAUUGGGUCUAAUAUGUACAGCAUUAAUGUAUGUGAAA